AUGACUAUGGCAUCUUCCGAUUUUCUACAACGUGGACUUGGUCCAGUACUAGCUGCCACACCGGCGGUUAUCUUUGGAGUCGUCUCACUAUAUCUUAUCUAUCUUUUCUUACUUGGCAUUUACAAUAUAUACUUUCACCCUCUCAGCAAGUUUCCCGGACCCAAGCUAGCUAGCGCUACAGAGCUUUUCGCCGUCUUCUAUUUCGUGCGUGGUCAGCGGUUGAAGUUUAGCCAGAAGCUUCAUGCACAAUAUGGCGAAGUGGUCCGCACAAGACCCAACGAACUAUCCUUCGUUAGCGACCAUGCUUGGAAGGAUAUAUAUAUGCAUCGUCAAGGCCACAAGCAGAUGCAAAAAGAUGGUAUACCUGUUAGACCAAAUCAAGCACAUGCUAUUACUAUCGCCCCUGACGAUGUGCAUGCCCGCGAAAGGCGCCUCCUAUCACAUGCCUUCUCGGAACGAGCGCUUCGAGAACAAGAGCCGUUGAUUCAGGAGUAUGUUAGCCUCCUCAUCAACAAUAUGCGAGAGGACGCAAAAGAAGGCAGAGAAGUCAAUAUGGUCCAAAACUUCAACCUUACUACUUUUGACAUUAUCAGCGAUCUCUCUUUUGGAGAAUCCUUUGGUGGCCUUAGGACCCGGACAGCACAUCCAUGGAUAAAGGCAUUCUUCGACAUGGCGACAAUAGGGACUAUCAUGACUCAAAUAGUACUACUGAAAAUUCCCCUACUCUCAAUACUAUGCGGACUGCUGGUCUUGCCCAUGUUGAGAAAACGGCUCAGGGUUAUGAGCUAUACUAAGGACAAGAUUGAGAAACGCAUUGAACAGGGAAGUGAUAGGCCUGAUUUCAUGUCAUAUGUGUUGAGAUACAAUGAUGAGAAAGGGAUGUCAAAGGAGGAGAUCCAGGCGACUUUCAACGUGCUCAUGAUUGCUGGCUCUGAAACCACUGCAACAUCACUAGCUGGAUGCAUUUAUCUGCUUCAGAAGCAUCCCCAGGUUCGGCAGAAGCUACAUGCUGAAAUUAGAGACACGUUUCUGGAUGCCAAGGAGAUCACUAUGCUCAGCGUUAGUCAGCUAACAUAUCUGGAUGCGGUCAUCAAGGAAUCACUUCGACUCUAUCCACCAGUGCCAGUCGCCUUGGGUCGUAUAACACCGCCAGAAGGCGCAGUUAUCUGCGGUCACUGGGUCCCAGGCAAUGUAUCUGUUGGCAUUCCACAAUUCGCGGCGUAUACAUCUCCCCUCAACUUCGUACAACCGGACUCAUUCAUACCAGAGCGUAUGCUCUAUGAACAUGACGCGAAAUUUGACAAGGACCGGAAGUCUGUUCUACAGCCUUUUUCCGCUGGACCUAGAAACUGUAUUGGCAAGAACCUAGCUAUCGCAGAGAUAAAACUAAUUCUUGCUCAAAUUAUCUUCAACUUUGACCUUGAGCUGGUUGAUAAAAAGUCGAACUGGUUUGAUCAAGAGGUUUAUGGCUUGUGGAGGAAGCAUCCGCUGAUGGUUCAAGUCAGAGACAUCAGAGUAUAA